CGCCUAUGUGCGCACAAUGUUGUGAUUGGUUUACAGCAAGCUAAAGCGUUACGUCAUCUUUCUGCGACUAUAACUGUCGCGAGUAGGCGAAAAGAUGGCGCCUUCCCCAACGAAGAGGAAGGAGGAUGACAAGAGCAAACAGCGAGUGAAGGAGAAGUCAGGAGCCACAAAAGACGGGGCCGACAAAGACCGGGGCCGAGAGAAGAACCGUACACGGCGCAGUGCUUCCAGUGGGAGCAGCAGGUCCAGCUCCAGCUCCAGCAGCAGCUCAGGCUCCAGCUCUGGAUCCUCCAGCGGCUCCAGCUCCUCUGCCUCCAGCCACUCGGGCUCGUCCAGCUCCCGCUCCUCUUCUUCUUCCUCCUCAUCCUCCUCGCCGAGCCCCAGCCGCCAGCGCCACAACAACAGACGACGCUCACGCUCAAAGUCAAAAUCAGCAAAGAAGGAUGACAGAGACCGACGACGUAGGAGCCCCACACCCAAACCCACCAAGGUGUACCUGGGCCGGCUGACGAGAAACGUCAUCAAGGAACACAUCCAGGAGAUUUUCUCCACCUAUGGCAAGAUCAAGAUGAUUGACAUGCCCAUGAACCGCAUCCACCCUCACCUGUCCAAAGGUUACGCCUACGUGGAGUUUGAGACACCCGAGGAGGCGGAGAAGGCCCUGAAACACAUGGACGGAGGUCAGAUUGACGGUCAGGAAAUCACAGUCACGGCCGUGCUGACUCCGACUGUGCGCCCUCCUCCUCGCAGGCUGUCCCCUCCCCGCAGGAUGCCUCCUCCACCCCCGAUGUGGCGACGCACGCCGCCUCGAAUGAGGAGAAGGUCUCGGUCUCCACGGCGACGCUCUCCAGUACGACGCAGGUCUCGAUCCCCUGGCCGCCGCCGUCACCGGUCACGUUCCAGUUCCAACUCCUCCCGCUAAUGAUUAUUGAACCCCCACCCCCCCCUCGUCUUGAUCUGCUCCUCUACUGUGUCCUUUUGAUCAGUGUCGGUGUGACCAUGCGAACAUGAAGGAGAUACAGGUUUUUCUAGUUAGUUUGAACCAGUGUUUCGUGCUAACAUCAGAGUAUGCACUGUAUAAUAUGAGAAGCAGCAGCUCUAUCUGAUGGAGCUAAAUGGUGAUAGUAAUCUUACAGUAAAUAAUACGUUAUUGGUGGAGAGUGGAGAAACUGAAUUAUAGUUAUGUAAAUAACUUCCUGUAUGUAAAUGCUAGAUCUGCUUUACAUGUUCCAGCUAGAACUGAUGAACAUGAGGUGCUGAUAACAAUUUUUAGGAGUUUAAAAUAUUUGAUAAAGACAUAUGUGCAGAUAAUAUUUUUUAAACAUUAACACAUAAUCAAACAGUGUCACCAAAACACACACUAAGUGGGACGAAUUACAGUGUAAAAAUAAACUUGUCAGCGCUCUCUGGUGGAUAAACUACGACAGACUGUCUGUAAAUGACCUAAAAUCUACUUUGGCCAUUCUGUACUGCAAUUUCUUGUUAUUUAUGGGCAGACAUAUACACUGUUACCAGUUCACCUGCAAUGAGCUAAUAUUGCUCAGGUAUAUGACAAAUAUGCACAGGUGAAGGCUAAAAAUACAUUUUCAUUAGAAGUGCUAAAAUGUUGUGCUUUAGUGUCAUUGCUUUACUGAGUCAGACCUAAAACUAUAUCUUGUGCUGUAAACACACCAGUAUGUAGUUGAUAUGUCAUUUAAAAAAAUGUAAAAGCCAUGUAUCAAACCCUGAACACAAUAGUCAAGUUUCCACGAAAAUCUUAAAAACAUUUCCUGAAAUUCUGCAAAAAAAACCAAAACAAAUUAAUGCACAUUUCCAUCCAAUUCAGCCGAGUCCAAAAACGCACUAAAUGUUUUAUCACCCACCAUCACAUGCACAGAGCAAAUUAUCUGCUGGGUAAACAUGAUUGAAUCUCAUGUCACUGCUGUCAUCACCGAAACAGUAAACCCACCAAUGACUUUAAAACAUUCUUAAAGUAAAUCUACAGUUUAAUACGUCAACCAGUGUUCUCUGAAAUCCAUCUGGCAGGACCAAGAUGUUCACUUUUAUUUCUGUCCAGUGGCAUUUUAAUAUAAUAAUAAUAAUAAUAAUAUAAUAUAAUAUAAUCUUAUAAGAUGUUAAAUUGUGCUACUGGUCAUAUUUUAACUAUACAUCAAUACUGAGUUUUAAAACAAGCUGUACUGUAACCCUCCUCCUCAGUUAAUUUGCCUAUAUGGAAUAAGGGAUCUAGAGGGGGUGGGACAAAAUAACAUCUGGACCAUAUAUUUCACUGCGGUGAAUGAGAGUCUGGUGGCUCCCACACUCUUAAUUCUUGGGUUGGGAUUGUAUUAAAACACCUAUGUUUAACAUACUGUAUGAUGUCAUAGCAGAGUUUGUAACUGCAUCACCGUUUACAGUAAAUCAUUACAAAGGCAGCUAUACAUGCGAGUUAUAUUCAGUAGAGUACCAGUUAGCAAUAUGUGUCCGU